CUAUACUAAAUGUAGCUGUCAAAAGUUUCCCAUGGAAUUCCAGAAGUUUAUUUUAUAUAAUGUGCUUUUUGCAAGAAUCUACAGCAAGAAAUAAUUAAUUAUUGCUACAUCUUGCAAUAUUUUAUCAAAACCUUGCAGCUUUAUAAUGCCCCCACUCAUGCGGGCAUGCAAACUUCAUAUAUCACACAAUGGCUUCCACACUCCUCAACCUCACAACCAUUCUCAUCAUACUCCUAUCUUUGCACUCUCAUUUAUCCUUCUCAAAUGAUAUUGCUGAGGAGGAUGGAGAAGAGUACACAGUUGACUCCCCAUUGGCCAAUCUCAGAUCAAGAAGCAGGUUUUUGGCGACUGUGAUAAAGAAAGGUGCACAUUGUGAUCCCAUAACUCGCAAUGUGUGCAAUGGGGUGUCGGCAAACAAGGGGGCGAGCCUUCUCCAUUGCUGCAAGAAGCACUGCAGAAACGUUCUUGGGGAUAAGAACAACUGCGGGCGAUGUGGGAAUAAGUGCAAGCAAGGGCAGCGUUGUUGCAAUGGAGCCUGCAUCAACACUGCAUACAAUGUUAAUCAUUGUGGCAAAUGCAAUAAGAAGUGUGCACAUGGCCUUAAAUGCGAGUAUGGAUAUUGUGGGUAUGCUUGA